AUAUCGAGUGCAACGGCAAUUUCCAUGUUCCAAAAAGCUCUUGUAAGUUACUGUAGCCGUUUACUAUGCAGUGCAUGUGGAUCUUAGACGACAUCCUGGCCAAAGAUAGCAUGGGGAAAACGAGCCAAAGAUGAGCGGAAUAGUCGGGAACCACUUCGAGGUGGCUAUUUAUUUUGCAAGCCUUUUCAAGGUGGCGUAUCCCUUGGAGCCAAAGAGUUCCGUUGAAAGACUGGCUCCAAAGUGCAAAGGGGAAAAAUGCCCUCGAGAAAAAGGCCAAGCCUGCUGGAGCGACUCGCGCUUGAGACGAUUGGAAGCAUCUUCAAAUCGUCGUGUCAUCGCUCUGCUCAGUAUUUACUGUCCAUGGCAGAAAUGCAAGAGUUCGACCAUCCUCAUUUAGGCCUUGAGGUUGAUCCUCAAAUCAAUCGUGUUGUACGACAACUUCAGGUGGCUUUCUUGGACGAGGUGCCACAAAAGUUUCAUCAAUUUAUCUUACGAGAGUGCCUGGUUGCUCUUUCGGAUUUAUUUCGAGCCACCAGCCUUCUUCAUCACGAGGCCAGCCUUCACAUCCAAGGCUCGGACCCGGAGAGUCGAAGGCGACGUCUCAUGAGAGAAGAACUCCAAUUAGCCUUCGUGAAGUUUUUCUGCCAUAGAACCGCAAUCAGAGAGAUCAAUCUCACACCCGAGUUCCUCGGCUAUCGACCUUUGCAUUGGUGCAUUGUGGCUCGUUUAUGCUCACUUAUAUGGAACAUGGAGUCUCUGGUGACUUUGAGAUUGGGAGGCUGGAAUUGUCUUCAGUACGGACUUUUGUCGAGACAUAAUCAGAGCGAGGGCUGGCAACUCAAGUGUAUGCCCAAUCUGACGAGGAUCCAAGUGAGCUCAGUGGGCGAGAAAUUCUUCGAGGUCAUUGGCACAUUUUGUCCCAACCUGAAAGAGCUCAAAGUCCAAUCCUCGAGUAUUACUGACUUGGUGACCUUUUGGGUAUCCAAAUGUUCCCAACUGGAAUGUAUCGAAUUGUUUGAUAAUUUCGCCGUUACACCAAUUGGUUUUGCUCAACUCUUGAGAGCCCUGGCCAAUCUUAGAAGUUUGGGCCGUUGUGAUGUGAUUGGAGAAGCCUUUACUCUUUUGUACGCAGACAAAUCGAUUUUCCGAAGGAGCAUUGGAAGUGCAUGUCCAGAGCUGCUUUCGCUGGAAGAAAUCGAUUGCGAGGCCAAGAUCUCGCCAGAAGCCUUGUCGUUCAUCAUCAAUCACUGCAAGAACCUUAAAUCCUUGCGGUUCAAAUUUCUGCCCACGGAUGAGGUCAACCUUUUGAGUGCGGAACCGUACGGAACCCUUUCUAUGCUGAACACACUCAACCUCUUGUCCGAGCUCAAUUUAUCCGCGUGUGAUUUUUAUGGCCACCAUUUGUUCCAAGUUCUUCAACAACGGGGGAAAUUUCUACAGAAGCUGGAACUAAACGAUGUGGAUGAAAUGAAUUGGAAUUCCAUCGAACUGAUUGGCAAUCAGGUGCCAAAUCUGAAGUUUUUGUCUCUGCGAUGCUGCCACUUUCAGUCUUUACCAAACUUGGACUCGGUUCAAGUUCAGAUGACGACUAGUUCGCACCUAGCAACAGAUUGGAGGCCCUUCCAAGCCUUACGGGGCCUGGAUAUCGUGAUCUUCACGCCAAUGCAUUUCGUUGUGGUUAAGGGAAUUGUUCAAUUCGCAUCGUUGCUUAAAUCUUUCAUCUUUAACUUGCUCUCGGACGAUUUGGAGGAGGAUCACGUACGACAUAUCAUGAAGUGGAACUCCUUCACUAAUUUAGAGGAGUUCGAAGUGACAGCAGGUUCGAGGCUUUCGAUUCACAUAGUAAAUUUUAUCAUUGAGCGUUGUCCAAAUUUGAAUCGAUUGGGUCGUCUUCGAAAUUGGGGUCGAUUACAGAAACACGAAAUUGAGGCCAUUCAAAAAGAAAUUUCGUCCAGAAAUUUCAAUCUCAAAUUCGAUAAUGACUUUUAAAAGGGCCAUACAAUCAUCAAGAAAGAAAAACCUCAUUUGCAUUAUAACUGAUUGUUCAAUUUUCCAUUAUUGAGUUUCGGUUCGAAUCGGAUAGACUUUAGACCAGGCCUGGGUAUAAUCUUUCAUUCAUGACAAGGCCUCACAAUUGGCAACCCAAAGAGAAAUCUAUCCAUUACGGCAACCGACUAGGGUGUACGUUCAUUUAUCUCUCCGAUGGAUGGCCUGAAAUAGGGACUACAAAACCAAUGGAGAAGGUAAUACUCCAGUCUUUAUCUUCCGGAUAUGGCUGUUCAUAAUAAUCAACAAAUCAUUGGCCAACGUAAUGAAAGACUCCAGAUUUCAUGAAUAAGAUACAAAAGAGAUCAAAACAAAAGCCAAGUGGUCCUCAUGAUUAGAGAAUCAUAGUAGUAUCUUUACGCAUAUGCUCUCAGGCCCUACGCCCCAAUUCAAUGUAGUACGCACACGCAUGCCCAAUUCCAUAGGCUUGGCGUCCAAUAGUUCUGAUACAUGUGAAUCAUCCAUGCCAAGCCCUCCUGCACCUUCACUCAUAAGGGGGAAGGGGAAGGAAGCUCUACCAAAGUUGGCCUGUACUCAUGUAGUCCUGGGCUUCGUCAGGGUUUCGAAUUUGAACCCUCUUUUCUUUUGUUUGUUAGACUACAGCGUUAUCAACAAAUAUAAAGAUGAUCAAGACCUGAUUGAAUUGUUCAGGCUGAUUUGGAACUGAAUAGGAAAAAGAUUCUUGAUCAAACCGGGACCUUGAUCUAGCUUGUUUUUGGCAUUUUGCAUUGGUCACCUGAUCUCGUGCUCCAGCAUCUCCUCUUUCUUCUUGCCUGGCAUGAGGUUGGAGAUGAUGGUGAUUUCUCGGAUACAAAGUGGGCCUGGGCUUGGCGAAAGUGUUCAUGUAGGGUCUAGUUACAUCCAUCGAAGCAAACGACAACUGUCAAUGGAGACUGGAAUAGUUCAAACGACAACAAUCGUAUUGCAGUGAGUCAGACUUCUUUAACACUUCCAAGAAUGGUGCUCUCUUGCCACUGUUUGUGGUCAAGUUCUUGAGGCUUGCGAGCCCACCACAAGUUGAACACUAAAGGGGGCACAACAUGCAUGACAAGAAGCAUUGCUGUUGUUGUAUCAUCUUGUCGGAUGGGGUAUUUCUGGUCGGCAUUUAUGGAAUGUCAUUCCAUGCCAGCCUGCUAAUCAUCCAGACCACUCAAGGUCACACUCUCACGCCUGCCUUUCCCGUGGAUCCAAAUGGGAACACUAUUGUCCAUCCAUUGUUGAUCGUGGUCCAUUCGCUGGGGAUCUUGGUCAAUGGCCUUUUGGUGCUCGGGAUUCAUUUCUCGCAACGAGUUUUAAUGGUCCCGUGGCUCAUCGGUCAAGGGGUCCUCUCAGUCAUUCUGCUCCUAUUGGCUCUCUAUUAUCUCAUCUUAUUCCCGCGACAAGAGUGUCCUACAGAACCAGACAUUUUUACCACAGAGUGCCACAUCUUAUUGUGGCACAGUGUCAUCAUGGUGUGUUCAGUAUUAACUUUGUUUUACUACUUUUAUGUGGUUCAUGAGUUUGUGGCUCAGCUUCAUCACCACGAGAAGUGCACACAAAUGAACUUUGCCAAAGAUGAAGAAGAGCCCGUGUUUGUCAUAGUCGAGGAGGAGCCCGUUCCACGGGUGAAUGUACCAAAAUCAACCCCGUCUCUUCGCGUCAAGAAGGAAAAACGUGUCAGAAUACAGGAGCCAUUUUGAAAUGCAAACAAACCCUCUGCAGACAAUAAAUCUUUACACACAUCUUA